UGAGCCGGCGUUUGUUGCAGAUGGCUCGCACGAAGCAGACAGCUCGCAAGUCCACCGGCGGCAAGGCGCCGCGCAAGCAGCUGGCCACCAAAGCGGCCCGCAAGAGCGCUCCGGCCACGGGCGGAGUGAAGAAGCCGCACCGCUACCGGCCCGGCACCGUUGCUCUGCGCGAAAUUCGCCGCUACCAAAAGUCCACCGAGCUGCUGAUCCGCAAGCUGCCGUUCCAGCGCCUUGUGAGAGAAAUCGCGCAGGACUUCAAGACCGACCUGCGCUUCCAGAGCUCCGCGGUGAUGGCGCUGCAGGAGGCCUGCGAGGCCUACCUGGUGGGGCUCUUCGAGGACACCAACCUGUGUGCUAUUCACGCUAAGCGCGUGACUAUCAUGCCCAAAGACAUCCAAUUGGCACGUCGUAUCCGUGGGGAAAGGGCGUAAAUCUGCUUAUUUCCAUCUAACUGAAAAGGCUCUUUUCAGAGCCACUUAAAAUUUCACUUAAACAGUUGUAACCUAUUCGG